AUUAAACAUCUCAGUAUGUUUAAAUUCCUUAGGUUUUCCGAAAAAGACCAGGAUUUAUCCCUAAUGAUUAUUAAUGGUCUAAAAGAUUAUAUAUUCUUAAAUGAUGACUUACAAAGUAAAAAGAAAAAGAUAAUAUAUCUUGCAGUAUCUUUGAUGAAUUUAUACAUUCAAAUUAAUUGGUGGAAAAUAAAUUUAAAGGAUGAUUUAGAUGGCUAUAUUAUAUCUACUAAUAUAGAUAAUGAUAAUUAUUUUUCUGAAAAAUUAAAUGAUGGAUCCAAAGUCAUAAACACAUUAUAUAAAAAUUUAGUGCUACUAUACAUCUCAAAAUUAGUAUUUACAGACUUUCAGAAUGAAUUUUUGUCUAUCCCAGGCUUUCGAUUUUGGCAGCUAAGAUUUUUGUUACUGUACCAGAGUUCUCUCGUAGAUGAAAGAAGCCAAGAUCUCAAACCUGGAUUCGAAGGCAUCUUGGAAGAAAUUAGUCUUCAAAAUGGCUGGGAUUCGCUCAGCGCCGAUAACGCAAUUAGGUCGCCGCUCGGUGGGGAUAAUUUUGAAAGCGAAAGCGAUUUGAAUGUCGAUCACGGAAAUGGUGACCGUAACAUUGAUUGUUUAGCGCUCUUCUUGAUAGAAGCUCAUUGUAUGAGUUGCUUGAUCGGAGAUAUCAAUCUUUCCCAAAACAUCAUUAAUAGGCUAAGAUCGUUGACCAAGCAUUUAUUUGACCCUAUCUUGACGGGCGCGUUGGGUAAAAGGACAAAGUUUCAAAAGCACGACAUUGCCCAAUUGUUAUUGCGCGUCGAAAGAAAGGGUACCUUUGACUCGCGCAAAUAUUUCGACUCCGAUACGGAAGAUACCAAUAACAAAAUGUUACCUAAAGAUAUUUUUCUCGACGAUGAUACGUUACUAGAUAAGAUAGCCUAUUCAGCAACCGGCGCUCAUCCGGAACCCAACCCUAACCUGGAUCAGAGUCCCGAGAAUGCGGGGAACGAUUUGAUCGAUUCGAGUAUCCUAGUCAUAACUAAUAUGGAAAGAUUAAUUUUACUCGCCACCGUCAGGCACAUAAAUUUGCUUUACCCCAACGACCCUUUACUGUUUGAACAAAUUCAACCCUAUUUGGAUCUAAUACUUGCCCCAACCCUUCAGUCUAAAUCCCGUAUAACAUGGAGCAUCAAAUUUUCUACACUUUACCAACGGUGCCUGUGCGAAGUGGAAAACAAACGCAAGAUCGAGAGAGCCUUGACUCAAGCGCAAGAAUUAGUCGACAACUUAAACGCUCUCAGCUCAAAAUACGAAGAAGGUGACGGAAAAAUUGAUAAACAUCCUAUAAUACCGAACGAAAAUAGGAUGAACAUGUUUUACGCCUCAGGACCUCCGCCAUCUUACUACAAAUUGCAGAAAUUUUUAGCUCGUAUACUCCUAAAAUUGGGCUGCGUUAGUUCAGCCCUAGAUAUCUUCGAGUCGUUGAAUAUGACAGCAGACAAGAUCUCUUGCUACAUGGCUCUGGGGAGAAUGGACACGGCCGAAAAAACUAUCCUAGAUUCCUUGAGGAUCCUGGAAGGAAAUGCCGAUGCGUCGAACAUCGAAAAGGGCAAUUUGUACAAGCUUAUGGGGGAUAUCAAGAGCGAUCCCGCCUAUUACGAGAAAGCGUGGGACGUUUCCCGGAAUAAAUGUUACCAAGCUCAAAACGCCAUGGGCUUUUAUUACCUGAAGAAGCAAAAAAAUUUGCUCAAAGCACUUUCCCAUUUCAAAAUUUCCUUGCAACAUUUCCCCUCUCAAUCCGACAUUCUUUUCACGGCUGGGUGUCUAUCCAUGAUGAUUCCAUCUACCGACAAAAUCCUCCCUGUUAAAAAUGGCUGCUCCGAAGAUGUGAAAGAAACUAUUACUAAUGACUUAGCGGAUCUAGAUAGAGGCGAUUUUGGUAUGAGCGUCGAUAAGGAAAAUGGUGGUGAAGGCGAUGAUAAUAAAAAUAUGGAAGAAGACGCGAAUAGCGACAAGGUAUCGAAAGAUGUGACAGGUGACGCUGAUAAUCGAGCAUUCGCCGAAAAUUGUUUUAAAAGGAGUCUCAUGUUAGAGCCCGACAAUUUUAAAGCGUGGAACAAUUUGGCCUCACUACAAAUAAAAUCCGAGAAUUUUGUCGGCGCAUGCGCUACCCUAAAAGAAUCCUUGAAAUACAAUUAUCACGGUUCUUGGCAAAUAUGGGAGAACUUACUCUACGUGGCCACCAGGCGUUUAGAUUGCGAAGAAAUGAUAUGGUGUCUGAAUAGCCUGCUAGAUAUUUUAUGGGGUCACGAGGGUGUAGCUGAUAAUGACGGUGGUGUGAAAGAGUUCGUAUUUGACGUCAACAAGGCUUCUGACAAUGAUGGUUCGUCAACAUCUUACAACAGAUUCAAAGAUCAAAGUUCCUCAAAUUUAACCGUCUUCUCGAGAUUAUUUCCUCCAACUUUACUUAUUCUAGUCAAGGAAUUAGCUAUGUCAACCUAUAGCAAUAAAGAGCGUAACUCCCCUGAUGAUGGUGGUUCCUCCUUAAUUAAACCUGCAUGUAUUGCUCAAUCCCAAUCUAUGAAACGCAGAUUAAAGACUCUGUUCGAAAGGGUAACCAAUAAGAUUUCUGACAACCCCAAAAUAUGGUAUUUAUACGGACUUUUGAUGCUCACCUUCAAUAAAUUUGGGAACGAUGGAUAUGAAGCACAAACCGAGGACCUGUCAGAAAAAUAUCAAGCUGCCAAAUAUUUCAUAAAAGCUUACAGAAAUCAAAUCGCUAAAAACCCAAGAUGGUUCGAGAACAAAGAUUUAAUCAACGAAACCUUUAAUUACCUCGACGAAUUGAUACAGACUUCUUUAGACAUUUACAAUAAUGUGACCCAAAAUGGUUCUCAAAAAGGAGAUAUCAAAUCUACCGAGAUAUUCGACAUAUUGACUUCCGCCAAAUUUCUAACUAACAACACAAUUCAACGAAUUAAAAGGACGGAUAAUUUUGGAUUCACAGAUGCUCAAACACUACAAAAUAUGUGCAAUCUAGAGAAGGAAUUGCUGAAUAUAAAUGAUAUAAUCGAUAAAAAUACAAAAAAUAAAUGAUAUUAAUAUAAUAAAAUAAAAAAAUUUUUUUUUA